GCUGCCAUGUGGGUGCAGGGGGUGCUGGUGGUCCUGCUCUCGGGGCUGUCGGCGCCGGGCCGGGCCCAGCCCCCGCGCUGCCGGGUGGGGGAGCGGCUGCCGGUGCCCGGCCCGGGGGGGGCGCCGGCCCCGCCGCCCCAGAGCCGUUGUCCCUGCGUCCCGCUGCGCUGGGUGCGUCUGGCCGCGGCCGGGGCCGGCCUGGCUCUGGGCCUGCUCUGGAUCCGGUGCCGGAGGGCCCCCGUCCCGGCCGUCGCCCCCCAGGAGCCGGGGCCCCCCGAGGCCGCCCUGCUGCGCGACGUGGCCAUCCUCCUCCGCUUCAUCCGCGCCCAGCUGCGGCAGCUCGCCGGGACGGGGCGGGGAGACGCCCCCCGGGGGCCCCCCUGCCCCCCGGGGGCCCCCCUGCCCCAGCCCGCCUGCUAGCGGAGCAGCCUCCUGGCCUGGAGAUCGGCCUCAGCCCGGGGCGUCGGCGGGGGGAUUCAGGGGGUUCCCCCCCCCGUGCUACGGCACGGCUCUGUCCGGCCCCAUGGGCGCGGGAAUAAACACAGCUGGGAACCUC